AUGUUACCUAGAGCUAGAACGAUCUUCUUUUUUCUGUCUAUAGUUUCGCUAUCAAUAUGCUCUUCAAAAGAAUCUAAAGAAUCUCCACUGUCGUCAGUGCUCGCAGACAUCGACUUGCAAUGUCCAGAAGGAUGGAGCCGUCUCGGCCAGAAAUGUCUCAAAACAUAUCAAAGUGAGAAAAGCUGGUCCCAAGCUCUUCACACAUGCAAUAGAUAUGGUGCACAGCUCAUUCGGGUAGAGACUGCACGAGAGAAUAAGUUUGCUGCUACGCUUCUCACUAAACCUGGCCGAACUACGCAACAUCAAGUGUGGUUGGGGCUCGCAUGCAGACAACAGGGAGAUGAUGUUGCUUUCGUGUGGGGUGACGGUACAGCAGCAAGCAGAUACGUUGGCUUUUGGAAAGAAUCCCAUCCCGACUACAAAUUGGGAAGCUGUGCCAUGGCGACAUUAUCGAGAACUGAACUGGAGUGGAGCCUCGAACGAUGCAAUAUACUACGGCCGUUUAUUUGCGAAAUGCAAGCUUGCACGAAAGGGUCAUUUUUCUGCGCCAGCGGAGGUUGCGUGUCAGAUUCACGACGUUGUAAUGGUGUAGACGAUUGCGGCGAUUAUAGCGAUGAAUUAAAUUGUCCAGCAUCACAUGCAGAUGUGGCAUGCUUGGAAUAUGAAAAAGGGGAAUCUGGCAAGCUUUCAACACCAAACUAUCCGUCCUCAUAUAGGGGCAAUUCAAAUUGCCGCUGGGUGAUUGAAGCACCGAUCAACAAUCGAAUUCAGUUGACAUUUGACUAUUUCGAAACAGAAGAAUUUGUUGACAUAGUCACUGUCCUUGAUGGAGGCCCAGCGGAGAAUAGCACCACAGCCGUACAGGCGCGAGGAUUCCAAGCACACUGGAGGUCCGUUCCUUUCUCUUGUGGUGGGAUACUGACAGCGCAGGCUUACGGCCAGACAUUCUCUUCGCCGCAGUAUCCGUCCGAAUACCCUUCGGGAACUGAGUGCGUCUGGAUCGUACAAGCUCCCAAGCAGCAAUUGAUCACGCUCAGCAUUGAGGACGUUUCGCUCGCAUCCGAUGACGCUCUGAUAAUUUACGACGGUUCAUCACCUACGUCUGCUGUCUUGGCUAGACUCUCUGGCAACAGCUCCAAUACUGAGUACUUGGUGACUACGCAGAACAAUGCCUAUAUUUACUUCUUAUCCAAUGUAAGAGGGAAGGGACGCGGAUUUUCGAUAGGUUACAAAAGAGGAUGCGACGUUGUGAUACAUCAGACGUGGGGAUCCGUACUUUCUCCUGGAAGUCUCCGGGUACCCUACCCUGCUGGCAUCGAGUGCACGUACACCAUGGAGCUACCCGAAGAAUACAAUGAUCAGCCUUUGAGUGUGCGCUUUGAUCGGUUUGAUAUCGCCGCGGAUGAUUAUGUGAAGGUGUACGAAGGUUCCACAAAAGGUCGUGCCCUUCAUGAAGGUUCCGGCUUUAACAAUGAUCAGCGUCCACCACAGCAACUUCUCUCGCGAUUGGGCAGAGCUCAAGUGGUACUGAAGACAAAUGCUGUGCGAAAUGCCAUGGGAUUCAACGCCACCUAUUCUCUUAAUUGUCCUGCACUGAAAACUCCACCUCUGGUAACCCUUUCUACAAAAACGACCACUUAUGGCACAAAGGUGGUAGUAUCCUGUCCACCUGGAUUCGAAUUCGCAUCUGGACGAGGUAGAAAUAUCGAUAUAAGCUGUUCACUUGGCGGAAAAUGGACAGAAAGCCUUAUUCCAAAUUGUCAACCCGUCUAUUGUUCUGCCGUUCCGCAAAUUGCCAAUGGUUUCGCCGAAUCUGCCACGAAUGUCUCAUUUGGCGGCAUAGCUAGAUACUCGUGCUAUGAAGGAUUUUCUUUCGCCAGCGGUAAUGUCAAGGAGGAGAUUCGUUGCGACAUCAAUGGCAAUUGGAGUCAUGCUCCCAGCUGUAAAGCUGCCAUGUGCCCAGCGCUGACGCCAUUUGCGAACGGUGAUCGUCGUCUUGAAUUUGGUGACGGUACUGGUUACGGCACCGUAUUCCGCUUCGAUUGUCAUCCGGGAUAUCGGCGCGAAGGUGCUGCCACAUUGCUAUGUCAGACGAAUGGACAAUGGUCUUUCGAGCAACCAAAAUGCUUGAAACUGAUCUGUUCCACUCUUCCACAAAUUGCUAACGGACAUUUGAGCCUCCCACAACCAUUCCAGUUCGGCGAUGCUGCCAAAGUGCAUUGCGAUGCUGGAUUCCACGCAGAUGGACCGGAAGAGGUGAAAUGCUUGGCUAAUCAGUCGCUCUCUGCUGUACCAUCCUGCCGUGACAUUGACGAAUGCAUACAAGGUUUGUCCCAGUGCCAAGAGGGCUCCACAAGAUGUGUGAAUCUUCCGGGCGGGUAUUCUUGCCAAUGUCUCGACGGAUUUCAACCUCAACUGAUGUGUCCUUCACCGUCGCCGUUGACUUUCGAAUCCGUGGCCACAUCUUCUAAUCACUCAAAUUCUGCAACCAUAACAACAACUGGAUGGUGCGCGAAUAAGUCUGAUAGCCAAAAGACAGUCACAGUGCACUUUGUGGUGCCUAAAAUUAUUGAAAAGAUCAGACUCGAAAAGGUGGGCAAAGCUGAGGUUACGUCGAUAAAAGUUCGCUACAGUGAGAAGGAGGGUCAACCUCUUAAAGAUCUCAUGCUCGAAGGAAAAAAGGAAUUCUCGGUCAACAGUGGGUUGACGAUCGGAGGUGAUGCGUUCGACCUGCCGUAUUCCAUCGAAUCCAGCACCUUGGAAAUAACCAUAGUGUCAUUCAAGAAUGAAGCUUGCAUGAAGCUGGAAGUGUUGGGAUGUCAAAAAACCUCUUGCGCCGAUGUCAACGAAUGCAUGAUUGAAAAUGGUCACUGCGAUCAAAUUUGUGUCAACAAGCAGGGAUCCUAUAAGUGUGCGUGCCGAGAAGGCUACGACUUGUUCGUGGAAAAUGGUCAAGAAGGAGUGUUCUUGGAAGAAGGCGAAACUGGGGAACAUGCGCAAGAUAUAAUCAAAUUCAACAAGACCUGCAUCCCGAAGUCAUGCCCAAUCAUUCAUUCACCGGAUAACGGAAGCCUGCUAAGCACUUUGAAGAAAUUCAACUAUCCGCUUGUCGUUCAAUUCAUGUGUGAUUUCGGAUUCCAGAUGAUGGGUCCAGACUACCUACAGUGCUUGUCUGACGGAACUUGGAAUGGAACGAUACCGUUUUGCUUACCAGCUACUUGUCAAGGAUUGAAGAACAAUUCUGCAGUAGGAUUAUUUGUGUCGCCUGAGAACAGUACCGUAGCCCAUGGACAGAAUAUCUCCAUUGUUUGCACGCAAGAGAAUCGACCAGCUCGCAGCUCACCGCUGGCUUCAUUCCGGGAGUGCGUGUUUGAUCCUCAACCAGACGGGCGUGAAUAUUGGCUCUCUGGACCACCAGCCGACUGCCCUUUCGUGGACUGUGGACCGCCGCCAAUGUUGGCUGGAGCUAUUUAUGAAGGCGAUCACCAAAGCUAUAAGGUAGGGUCCACUUUCACCUUCACGUGCCGACCUCCGUAUUCGCUAGUGGGAAAAUCUUCAGCAGGAGAUCAGACCGUACGAUGUGGUGUAGACUCCUCGUGGGAUCUCGGAGAUCUUCGCUGCGAAGGACCAGUCUGCGUCGAUCCAGGGUUUCCAGACGACGGAACGAUAGAGCUGGAUAGUGUUGAGGAGGGAGCUGUGGCAAAAUUCUCUUGCAAUAGACCCGGUUACCGCCCUUUCCCUUCUUCAUCAAUUCAGUGUGCCCUGGGAGCUGCUUGCGUCCUCAGCGAAGACGUGGGCAUAUCUUCUGGAUUCAUUCCUGAUGGAGCAUUUGCGGACAAUUCUGACAGUACAAACUGGGGAUACGAACCGCAUAAGGCAAGAUUAUCCUCAACUGGUUGGUGCGGAUCCAAGGAUGCUUUCAUCUUCCUCAGCGUCGAUUUGCAAAGAGUUUACACCUUGACGACCCUCCGCAUGGCUGGGGUUGCUGGAAGCGGAUACCUGCGAGGGCACGUGACAAAAAUGCAACUAUUCUACAAAACACAAUUCAGUCAUAAUUAUGAUACCUACCCUGUUGAAUUCGAAACGCCGUCUGGAAACCACAACGCGAUGCAUCAGUUCGAACUGACUCCUCCGCUUCGUGCCCGUUACAUCCUGCUCGGUGUUGCGGAGUACGAAGGCAACCCAUGCAUUCGCUUUGAUCUUCUCGGAUGUCUAGCACCUAUGACAGUCGCUCACGAAGUGCCCACUCAUCUACAGGUUGGUUGGAAUGGUUCCGUACCUCAGUGCAUGGAUGCAGAACCGCCAAUGUUCCAAAACUGUCCAACAAAUCCCAUCUAUGCUGUGACCGAUGAAAACGGGCAAAUCACACCGAUCAACUACGAAGAGCCUGUGGCUGAGGACAAUAGUGGCAGAAUAGCAUACAUGCGCGUUGAGCCAGCCGGAUUCACACCCGGACGACUGAUCACUUCCGAUGUUGACGUUGUUUACACAGCCUUUGACGAUGCGGGAAAUACUGCGGAGUGCAUCGUGAAACUCAAAAUUCCAGAUACGCUUCCUCCUGUCCUGAAGUGUCCAGACUCGUACGCACUUUCUGCUUAUGAGCCCAAGAUGCGAGUUGUAUUCAAUCUUACUACAGUUCCUAUGGUCAUACAGGAUGUUUCAAAUAUAACGGAGGUUACGUUCAACCCUUCUGAAGCUAACCUGGAAUCAGGAGAUUAUGUUGAAGUUGAAGUGACGGCUACGGAUGCAUUAGGAAAUCGCAACCAGUGCAAAUUCCAAGUUGCCUAUAUGCCGGAGCCAUGCUCAGCUGAUUCUUUAUCCUCGGCGAAACAUGUUGUGAAGAAGUGUCAACAGAAAGAUGGUGUUACAUCGUGCACAAUCGCUUGUGAAAAAGGUUACCGCUUUGUGGACGAAGAAAAGGCGUGCGUCCCGCUCUGUGAGUAUCCCAAAGAGAAUAUCAUCAAAUACAGUACAAUUGUCAAUACAAAUUUAGCAAGGGAACCUGCUCGGUACGAGCUCAACGUAGCUAUUGAUUACCCGGCAUCUUCACCCGUUCCAGACCACUGUCUGAAGGGUUACGCCUCAUUAGCUGCUACUUCCUUCGAUUCUCUCGACGAAGUUCUAAGUCAGCGAUGUUCUAGCUCUGUGCAGGUCUUCGUAAGGUUUCUUGAUGCGAAGUUCACCAACGAAAAAGGGAUGGUCAAUGGAAACUACACCAUACAAAUACUUCCUACUGUUCUCCAAAAUGUCUUCUACGAUCUCUGCGGCCUCACUCUGCGAACCAUAUUUGAUCUAAGAAUACCAGGCGCUACCACUCCCAUCCGGAAUCUUCUUGCGUUGAAUGGAGAAACAAUCCCAUCACAAGGCAUCGGGUGUCCAAUGCUAACAUCUUCCAAGUCAACCAUAACGCAAGGUUUCGGAUGUGCUGAUGGCGAAGUUCUGAGAGAGGGCACCGAUUCGCUACCAGAAUGCUUACCUUGUCCUGUUGGAUCCGUGAGUGUGAACAACAGUUGUGUGAAAUGUCCUUUGGGCUCUUACCAAGAUGAAGCCGGGCAAGUAGCAUGCAAAUCGUGUCCUGAGGGCACCUACACACAGUUCGAGGGAUCGCAUUCAGAGAAAAGCUGUUUAGCUGUUUGCGGAAAUGGAAUGUACAGCGCAAGCGGUUUGGUGCCUUGUCAACUAUGUCCCCGACACACCUAUGCGGGACCUCCCACUGCAGGUGGCUUCAAAAAGUGCACAACUUGCUCCUCUGGCACUUAUACCGCUAAACUUGGCUCUGGAGGGCCCUCACACUGUAAGCAACCCUGCAAAGCCGGAACCUUCAGUUUGUCCGGUCUUGAACCAUGCUCACCCUGCCCACUUCAUCAUUAUCAGCCAUCUCUGGGGCAACAGAGAUGUCUGCAAUGCACAAACGAAACAGCCACGAUGAGUGUAGGAUCCACUUCAGAAGCAGCGUGCGAGGCUAUCGACUGUAGCGCAAAACAAUGUGAAAAUAAGGCCGAAUGCGUUGUGCGCGACCAUCGAGCGGUGUGCGAAUGCCGUCCGGGAUUUGUCGGAGAUCGGUGCGAACUGAUCGAGCCAGUCUGCGACUCGAGGCCAUGCUUUAACGGUGGAACUUGCGAGGCAAUUGCUGGCACCUUCAGAUGCAUGUGUCCUCAGAACUUCACGGGGACGCGCUGCCAGUUUGGAGUUGAUGAAUGCAUUGGAGUAUCGUGUCCCAACGGAGGCGUAUGCCAUGAUCUACCCGGACUAGGAAGUACGAAAUGCCUCUGCAGAACCGGCUUCGCGGGUCCUGAAUGCGCUGAGAUCGAGGACAUUUGCUCUUCGGCUAAUCCUUGCCGCAAUGGAGCUGACUGUAUUCCGUCAAAGCUGGGGAGAUUCAAAUGCAAAUGCUUACCUGGUUGGGAAGGUCCUACGUGCGAAAUCAAUCUCGAAAAUCCAUUCUACAUCGCCAUGCCUCAAAUGAAUAAAAUAAGGAAUGCAGCACGCAAUCAGAAAUGA